UGUUUUUUUUUCGUUGGUUCCCUCUGCUGCAGAUACCAGAGGCGUCAAUUGUCCAACAAAAUGAGUGGAGGAGUGAUUGAAAACUCAGUCAAAUUUUGUUUCCCCCUGUCCGCACCGCGGCCGACAUGGGCGGAAAUUGCAGCAUUUCUCAAGAGUUUGGAUUCAAGUGUGACAGACAUGGAAGCUGUCUACAAGAUGGGAGAUGACAGAAGCCUACGGAUCAAGUUCAGGAACGCAGCAGCAAUGGAGGACGCCCUGCAUAAAAACGAUGGAGUACUGAAAUUUAAGUAUGUCAACGGCAAAUCUGUCGAUGUCCGGAUGCUGCCAGCUGGAGUCAAUAUUCAGUAUGUACGGAUCUUCGAUGUUCCGCCGGAAGUGACUGACGAUGACCUGUUGGCGGUCAUAAGCAAAUUUGGAAAGGUUCAACGUCUGGUUCGGGAAAAGUUUCCGCCAGAACUAGGUUUGGAUCACUUGUUUACUGGCGUACGGGGAUUGUUUAUGGAAGUCGAGGAAAAUAUUCCUCCAACACUGGACGUACUUAACUGGAAAGCGAUAGUUUUUUAUGAGGAGCUCAGAAACAAGUGCUUUUUGUGUCAUUCAGAGGGUCAUCGGAAGAAUACCUGCCCACAACGAGAAACCCAACAAGGAAAACGGAGGACAACGGUAGCGGAAAGGGUGGCGUGCACCUACGCACAAGUCGUGGCUGAUGCUGGUGCAGCAUCUGAGGAACAGAAAGCGGAAGAACAACCCGAAGUAGAAGAACAGAAAGGAUGCAAAAAUGUGAAUGAACCUGUGUACAAAAGUGAGUACGAGCGGAAUUUAGCGGAAAAUUGGGCAAAGUACGAAGCAGAGAAACGGAAGCGACAGGAGGAGUAUAGAAAGAACGAAAAGUCGAUGCAGCGACGGUACAAAGAAGGGCUACAAGCAAAAGAAAAGGCACAAAUGGAGCACUGGGAGAAGUGUGAAGCGGAAAGGAAGAGCAGACAGGAGAAAUACAGGCGAGAUUUAUCACGACAGCGAGAAGCUCAAUCAGUGGUCGAGCAGGUACAGUCGCCACCUAAGAAGAGCUCUCGCAAGCAGUAGUUUAUAAGUUCUGAUUUUGUUUUCAUUAAUUUAUUGUACUUUUUUUUGUAACAAUGCAAUUGGUUUUCGGCUCUGUUAUGCUUUAUAGCGCUUGAGCCUAUCAAAUAAAUGAAAGGAAA